AAAACACCUGCAGUCGUCAGGUGACACGCGCUUCACCCCUGAGCGACGUAGAAUCACAUUUCUGUUAUGUCGGGCUGGCUGAAGGACGGGGUGGUGCUGGAGGGGACGGGCAGCGGUCAGAUGUCCCCCAGAUCCCCGCUGCGGAGCCCAUUGCCCAGCCGGACAGCGAGGUCAUCAGCGUCCAGCGAUACUCCGUCUCCUGGAGCAGACAGACAGGACAGAAUGAGUAAAGCUAAAGAGCUCUUUGUGCUCUGUGAUAAAGAGGGGAAAGGAUUCAUCACAAAGAGAGACAUGCAGCGUCUACAACAGGAGCUUCCUCUGUCUCCUGAGCAGCUUGAAUCAGUGUUCGAGAGUUUGGACAGAGACAGAAAUGGUUAUCUUACACCCCUCGAGUUCCACACAGGCCUGGGAGAGCUUGUUGGUUGUGGGCCGGAGGAGAAAGUGAGGGGCAGAGGAGAGAUUGUCGGGGAGGAGCGAGUGGAGCCGACGGAGAUCCGAUUCACACAAAUCCUCAUGGAGCUGGGAGCUGAUAAACUCUUCAAAGAUCAGUGGGAGUUGUGUAGUCUCUGGUGUGAGCUCCAGAAGGACAAACCUGAGCUGCUGGGUGUGCUGGAGGAGGUCCUGUCCUAUACGGUGUCUCAUCUUCAGGAUGCACUCAAAGAGAAAGACAAUCUAGAGCACGCGCUGCGCAGGAGAGAGGAGGAUCACGACCGAGUGGUUCGGUCCAUGUAUGAAGACAUGGAGAGUCAGUUAAAAGAAGAGAGGGAGAAACGACAAGCUCUGGACAGUAUGAAGCAAGGAGACAAGAAAGAGCAGCUACUGCAGGAGCUGAGGACACGAGAACAAGAGCUUGAGUUCACGCUUACCAAACAGAGAGAGUUGGAGAGCAGAAUCAACUCUCUGAGCAGUGACCAGGCUGAUGCUCGCGGGGAGAACCGGCGACUGCUGAGCAUCAACCAGCAGCUUCAGGAUCAGCUGGAGCAGAGCCGAGAGGAGCUCCAGAACUCUCUGAGUCAUCUACAACAACUGCAGAACACCAUCAAACAACAGCAGAGGGGCAAAGAGAGAGAAGUCCUGAAAGUGUCCCGAAACAUGCAGAAGGAGCGGGAAAGCCUCGUGAGACAGCUGGAGCUGCUCCGAGACAUGAACAAGCGUCUUCGGGAUGAUAAAGAUGCCCAUCAGACACAGAAGAUGACAUCUCAAAUGAAGAGCCCUUUGCAGAGGAAGGAAUCAAUAUUGGGGAACUAUUUUCCAUCGAGGAAAUCUGCAAAGAGGCAGCUAACGGAAAACCCAAGUGAAGAGCCUGAAGAUUCAGACGCCUGUCUAGCAGAUUCACGUCCGAAAAGACUCUCUAUAUCUGAACAGAGAGAAGACGAACCGAAACACCACACAGAGAAAUCCACGAGCGCGGUUUGUGAUCCCCAACGUGUGUUUAAGGUGGUGUUUUUGGGAAACUCCGCGGUGGGAAAGAGCUCCUUCAUCCAUCAGUACUGUAGCGGUCACUUCCCCAAUAACCUGGCCUCCACUGUGGGAAUGGAUUUUCAGGUCAGGAGUGUAAUGAUGGACUCCACACCUGUGGCGCUGCAGCUGUGGGACACCGCGGGACAGGAGAGGUUCCACAGCCUCACGCAGCAGUAUUUCCGCAAAGCAGAUGGAAUCAUCGCUAUGUAUGAUGUCACUCAUCAAUCAUCAUUCACGGCUGUCCGUCAUUGGUUGGAUCAAGUGCAGGACAGGAUGGCAGAGGGGGCGUGUCUGAUGUUAUUGGGUAAUAAGACAGACGUGGCGGCGAGCGCAGACAGGAGGGAGGUCAGUGGAGCACAGGGACACAAGCUGGCGGAGCAGUACCAGGCCGAGUUCUACGAGUGCAGCGCUAAGACUGGACAUCAGGUGGAAGAGGCCAUGACGCACCUGACCAGAUUACUCGCCUCUCAGCAGGACAAGCAGUGCCAGUCUGCGCUCCGCCUGGAUGCCUCAGCCAAUGGAGGGCGCUGCUGCAAAUAAACUCAUGAAUAUUAAUUUACGUAAAAGACUAGACGCUAAAGAAGAAUUUACGUAAAAGUGUAUACUGUAAAUAUUCAUAAGAUUUAAGAACUAGAUCUUCUAACCAAGAUAUCAUUCAGUUAAAGUUAUUAUUCAGUUAAAGUUAUUAUCUUAAUUAUUUAAUUUUCUUGACUUUAAAACAGCAACUUGUUACAAAAACUAGACAUAUCUAGUGCUUAUUUAAACGUUUUUAUUGACAAAUAGCAUAGCAUCCUUGUCUGAUGUUACAAUUAGAAAUUAAGAGUUAACUCAAUUAAUUUAAUAAUUCAUUUUUAAAAAUCUCAUGUUUUAUGUUGGGCUUACAAUUGUAAAAAUACACACACACACUCACAUGCACGCACGCACGCACGCACGCACGCACAAACACACGCACACACACACACACACAUGAUAAACAUGAUAUAUUGAAAUUACUGGAGCUUUUUAAGUAAUUUUCCUGAAAUCACGUGUUUACAUUGAGAAUUGAAGUGUUCAACUGCAAAAAAAAUUGAUUUCUGAAAAUGUUUACGAC